CUUUUUUAAUUUUCAGGACUAGAUGCAAUAGAAGUAGCGACACAAAUGCCUGCACAUGUAGAAAAAAUGCUGAAUGAGACGCGGAGAAUUAUAAACGGCCAAGAAGUGACUGAUAACAGGCCUUAUAUGGUGCAUCUGAAACUACCGAGGACUAAUAAGAAGCAAUCGAACUAUCGUACGUGGUUAUGUGGCGGAGUCAUUAUCCACGAAGAGUAUGUAUUGACGUCUGCUGCUUGUAUAGAGGACGCUGAACAUUUUUACGUUGUAUCGGGAACUUACAAGUAUUCUGAUGAAGACGAUAGAUAUAAUAGUCCUUGCAUCAAAUAUGGCGCCAAAAAAGCUAUUUGGAAGUGUAUCCCUAAAAAUUAUGUUUUCGACGGGCACGAAAACGACAACAUCAGAUGGAUGAACAACGAUAUUGCUGUCGUGAAGAUUGAAGAAGGCUUCGACUUCACUAGAAGGAUCAGGGGCUGCGACUUCGUACCUAAACCCGUCUGUUACAACAACCAGAGUCAGACUUUAGAGAACCCUGGUACGGGGGCUACCAUCGCUGGCUGGGGUACUACUUCAAGGUACAAUGAUUGGGUGAAUCGAAGGAAAGAUAAUCAGCAAAAUCUUUUGGAAGCACACGUAGAAAUAAUAUCGAAGAACAGAUGCAAGAGACGAUGGGGAUCACGCUACCACAACAUUAUUGAGAACUACAUGAUCUGCACCAAAGACAUUGGACAGACUAUGUCUGAGAUCUGUAACGAAAAAUAUGUAGAUUGUCAAGAUAUAAACUACUCAGACGAGGAUGACAUGAGGCGAUCUGAAAAAAUACCUACUAAUCUAGUAAUGCACUCCGCACAUGAUGAUAGAAACCAAACCAACAACGUAACGAUUGCUAGAAGAUACCCGGGGUUAAUGGACGGAGGUUUUUGUGAAAACGAUCACGGUGGUCCAUUGAUCUACGGUGAGGGUGUCAAUUCAAUAGUGAUCGGCAUUAUCUCGGCUUGCCUGGUCAAGGAAAGAACAAACAAGUGUUACGGUCCCUUCUUGUAUACUAGCAUUUAUAAGAACAGACAAUUCAUCUCUUGCGCUAUCUAUAAAGAUAUUGAACCAAAAUGCAGGCGCCAAUUUAGAUCCGGAGUGACCCAUGAAGAGAAGGUGCUAUCGUGGAAAAAUCAUCCAGAUGGACCAGCGAAAAAUGAAAUCACCGCCCCAGAAGUGCAGCCCAAGCCAGAAAUAGUCCAACGAGCCCACGAAACACCCAACCCAGUGGACGUGAGGGGAGACAAGGUCUUUGCAGGUAGUGGCUUCAUUCUCCGGGCUACCAACAUGACUGCUAGUCCAGCAAUACUUAAUGCAACUGUCACAGUGGCGGCGUAG